GCAAAAUUCAAGGAAAUCUGAUAUAAAUGAGUAACAACUCAACAUGUAUUCAACCAUCCAUGAUCUCUUCCAUGGCUUUACCAAUCAUUUAUACCUUCCUUUGUAUCAUUGGUCUCUUUGGAAAUUCUCUCUCUCAGUGGGUAUUUUUAACAAAAAUAUCUAAGAAAACAUCAACGCACAUCUACCUAGCACAUCUUGUGACUGCAAACUUGCUUGUGUGCAGUGCCAUGCCUUUCAUGGUUAUCUAUUUCCUGAAAGGUUUUCAAUGGGAAUAUCAAUCUGCGCGAUGCAGGGUGGUCAAUUUUUUGGGAACUCUAUCAAUGCAUGUAAGUAUGUUUGUCAGCCUCUUAAUUUUAAGUUGGAUUGCCAUAAGCCGCUAUGCUACCUUAAUGAAAAAGGAUUCCACACAAGAGACCACUUCGUGCUACGAGAAAAUAUUUUAUGGCCAGUUACUGAAAAAAUUUCGCCAGCCCAACUUUGCUAGAAAACUAUGUGUUUACAUAUGGGUAGUUGUUCUAGGCAUAAUUAUUCCAAUUAUCAUAUACUACUCAGUUGUGGAGGCCACAGAAGGAGAAGAGACCCUAUGCUACAAUCAGCAGAUGGAACUAGGAGCCAUGAUCUCUCAGACUGCAGGCCUCAUUGGAACCACAUUUAUUGGAUUUUCAUUUUUAGUCGUACUAACAUCAUAUUACUCUUUUGUCAACCAUCUGAGAAAAAUAAGGACCUGUACAUCCAUUACAGAGAAAGAUUUGACUUAUAGCUCUGUGAAAAGGCACCUUUUGGUCAUCCAGAUUCUACUAAUAGUUUGCUUCCUUCCAUAUAGCAUUUUUAAACCCAUUUUUUUUGUUCUACGCCAAGGAGCAGACUGUCAGCAACUGAAUUAUUUAAUUGAGAUAAAAAACAUCCUCACCUGUCUUGCAUCAGCCAGAAGUAGUACAGACCCCAUUAUAUUUCUUUUUUUAGAUAAAACAUUCAAGAAGACACUAUAUGAUCUCUUUACAAAAUCUGAGUCACCACAUAUACAACCCUCUGGUUGAUUUCUGAAUGGAAAACAACACCAAACAGAAAAGUGUUCAUAUGACUCUAUUAGGGACCCUAAACUACAUGAUUAACAGGUCAUAGCUUGGUUGAUAAUAGGCACCAAGAAAAUCUCUUUGGUUUUUAAAAAUAAACAAACAAGCAAGCAAACAUAAAACUCACUUUACGGUUCUACUUAUAGU